CAGCCGGGCCGGUUCUCAGUGCACCUGGCUGCCGCCUCCCUGCCCAGCGCCAGCCCGGAUCCCUGCUGGGUCUCUGCCGCCCCCCCCCCCCCGCACCCCUCGGGACCUGCCCCCCGCCAUGGCCUCGGGGGGGCUGGGCCGGUGCCGCCUGGCGCUGGGCCUGGCGCUGCUGCUGGACGGGGCGGGCAUGGGGGCGCUGCUGACGGGCAUCUUCGCCCGGCUGCGGGUGCGGGGCCAGGACUUCGGGGACCUGCUGAUCUACUCGGGGGCGGUGCUGGUCUUCCUGAGCCUGCUGGGCUGGGUGCUCUGGUACACGGGCAACCUGGAGCUGGCGCCCGACGAGCUGGGGCGGGACUACGCUGCCAAGGGGGGCACCCUGGCCCGCCUCGCCCGCAAGAUCUCCCGCCGCUGGUCCCGGCGCCAGCCCGGCCCGCUGGCCCUGGGCCCCGUCCGGGGGAGCCAGGGGCCCCCGCCCCGGGAGACGAUCUAGAGAUGCUUUUUGGGACAGAGCCCUGGAGGGGGCGAGUCGGAUCGGGGAUCCGUCUGGGACCAGCACCCCCCACCCCCUCGCUGAUUCAGGGAGCACCCACGGGGCUACGAGACAGAUGAACCGGCCCCAGGCCAGAGGGACAGAGAUGUGGCUCCUCUGGGGUAGAGCACGGGGGCUGAGUAUCCGGGGACCCCUUGCCCGGUGCUGGGACGGCAGAGCUUGGAGGCUGGGUGCUGUCUCCCCUGACCCAGCGAAGAGGCGUCUGUCGCAUGGAAGUGUCAUUUGUAUUUAAAACACUUUUGUGUCUCAGG